CGGAGAUAAGAUACGUGCGUCCUCCGCGGAUGGGGGCCCAUUAGUUGAGUCGCGGAACGACGGUGUGUCUAUACAGAGAGAUGAGGGAAAUUAAUUUAUGGGUUUGAGUGAAAUACGCCACUUGAAUCACAAAGGCGCCGAUAAUCUCUUCGAACUGAUAGUGUCGCGGCCAAGGGUACGACAAUCGAGAAACCGUCGUCAUCCGUCCACGAUCACCGAGUAUAUUUCCUCGUCUACUGCUUCUAGCAAGAUGGCGGCACAAGAUCCUGCUGCAUGGUUGAGGUCGCAUCGCGAGCCCAGCGCGAGGAACCUGCUGAAAGUCACUCUCAGGCUGCGGUCCGGGCGUGGGCAGCCGAAUUCCAAGGACCUGAGCGGCGCGCUGCUGGAGACGAUGCGGCUCAAUAACGUGAAUCAGUUCCGCGAGAUACUGUCCUCGGUAGCGGACGACCGACUGAAGGAGGACAGUCUGACCGCGGCGUGGCGCAAGGCCCGGGCCGGAGGACUGCCUCUGAACGAAGAAAUGGAGCAAAAUGCAGUCCACGCUAUGGUUCAAUUACGAUAUAAACUCUCCCAGGGAGCGCUACAAUAUUCCUCGCGGCCCCUUGCGUGGAAGGCGCUGUGGAGCUUAGUGGACCAACUACUGGACGACGCGGGGAAGCUACUCAUACUGCUAGAACGAAACCCCGAGGAGGCGGACGAAACCGUGAUGCUCGCUAUGCGCUCGGCGCUGGCCAUCCGCGCCCUGAAGGGGUACUUUAGGCGCUCGUACGACGAGCAGGUUCCCUGGGAGGAGAUCGAGUACCUCCUCGCGCUGUUCGUAGAAGCACAAACCCGCUAUAGCACCCUCGCCUUUCUUGUGACUGGCACCGACAGGAUUACAACGCACCUGAAGUUUUUCCUGGAGAAAGUAGAUGAGUUGAGAAAAAAGUACCACGACCGUCCAGACUGUGAAGAUGCUAUGAAGGAAAUGAAGCAGCCUAUAGGAGAAAGGUCCCAGGUAAGAGCACAGGUGGACGUUGACCAGAGAAUGGCAGCCAUUACCGAAGACUUUGUGCUGCUGCGGGACUGGCAUUCUCUCGGAGAGCUCGUAGAUGCACUCAAGACCGCCAUCGAUGCCCUGCAACUAUCGGAGACGGACUGGAAAGAGUGGGGCUGGCUGGCAUUGCAGAGGAGCCUCUUCCUGGCGGGGGAGAAGAUGAAGAACACGUCGGGAUCACCGAACCUGUCGAGUCACUACGUACAGUUCGUCGAGCUGGCAGUGGCGGAAGGCAUCCGAAAGGUGCUGUGCAACGGGAUUCGGGACACCCAGGAGCACAGUCCAUCGGGAACUAAUGCAGAUGCGCUGACAAUGUCUGUCCUUGAGUCUAAAGAAGAGAGACAGCGUUUGGUAGAGGACCUGAAGAGAGUACUGAAAACGGUCUCAACCAUGCUUUUGGAGGCUGAAUAUGAAUUGGAGAAGAAGCGAAGGAAUUAUCUUGACGCUUGGCAAACAAUGAGAGUAAAGGCCUCACAACGAAAGGCAAAGGCAGAUGCCGGUGAUUUGGUGUAUUCGGAGGUGGAAAGCAUACUUGAAUGGGAAAAUAAAACAAAAAACGUUAGUGAUAUAACAAAAUUGAUAGACGAAUUAAGAACAAUGGCAUCCAACCGGAGAUAUAUUGAGGUAAUACCCAGUCUCAAAAAGGAUUUAAUAUCCCGAGAAUCGAAGCAUUUUAACGAGAUUCUGUACGCGGCUGUGGCUAAACACUGCCCCCAACAUAUUCAAAGGAUUCUCCAACUUCUGGAGUGGAGAUGUGCGCAAAGUCUACGUAUCUACCAAGACGAUCUGAACAAGGCCUUUAGUACUGGCGUUGGUGACUCCGGUACCGCGUCCAGCAGAGCCGUGGGACGUGCCGUUUCCGCCCUGAAAGCCAUUGAGGACUGUGAACAAUCUGUAAAAUGCUAUGCUGUCGAGGGUGGUCUUCAGGCAUUGGCCUCGCGUUGGCACAAGGAUGACCACACUCCACCACUACUCGAACUGUACUCGCCGUCCUUGUUCGGCCGGAACCUGAGGAACCACUUGAACCACGAUGACCUGGCCGUGCGCCUCUGCUUUCCUACAUCUAUGGAAUUGUCCAGUCUUUGGACACUUGUUAAAGACGGAGGUGUAAGUGUCUCGGGGGGCGCAGAGCCCAGACGGACAUCAAUAGAGCCCACGGAUGAGAACACCGCGCUGUUGCGUCUGGUGCAGCUCAAGGGCGACUUGUUCCGCGGCGCGCGUGAGGGCGACCUCGUCAAGGUGCAGCACGCGGUGGAGCUCGGCGUGGACAUCUCCAGCAGGGACUGCCAAGGCCGCACGCUGCUGCACGCCGCUGCCGAGGCCGGCCAGGCUCACGUCGUGGACUGGCUGCUGCGGCUGGGCCCCGGCGCCGUGGACCCGCUUGCCCGGGACUGGAAGGGACGGAGCGCUCUGCACAAUGCUGCAACAAAGGAAGUGGCCGAAGCGCUCCUCACUGCAGGCCAGGUGGAUCCCGACAUGAUGUGGUUUACGCCUCUACACACCGCGGCGCGCUCGGGGAGAGCUGAAGUGGUCCAGGCGCUCAUUCCUCAUUUCGACCUCAAUGCGCACGACAAUGCCUGGGACUUAACACCCCUGCACCUCGCUGCACUCGCUGGCGACCGUGGCACGGUGCGUCUACUGCUGCUCGCUGGGGCGCGGUACGAGGUUAGUGGGGAAGCCUGCACCCCGCUCAGCUGCGCAGCGCAGUCCGGCAGCGCUCCGACGGCGAGUCUCCUCUUGCAGCCGCCGCCGCCGCUCCUCCCGCGGCCGUCAGACGCCGACUGCUGGACCGCUGCUGGUACGGGUGCGGCAGGGGCGCACCGGAGCCUGGAGGUGUUCUCCACGCUCAUGGCUGAACUCCAACGGCGCGGUGCUCAGCUGGCCGACCCGGCGGUGUAUAAUGCUGUUAAAGAACUGGCUAGAGGAGGCAGCACAGAAGCCGCUGCAGCGCUGCUCGAUCGCUGGCCGGUCGCUGUGCACCUUCAAUUCCUUCCUGUGGGUAAGACAAUUCUCUCUUUCGCCGCGUCAUAUGGUCACGCAGACCUGGUACGCACCCUCCUGCAGCGCGGUGCCGACCUGCUGCAGCGAGACCGGAACUCUAUGACCGCGUUGCAUGCCGCGGCUGAGCAAGGGCUGGUGGAGGUGAUCAACGCGCUCUGGGACCAUACGGACUUCACGCUCACGGAGCAGAGCCCAGCAAGAAGGGAAGCUCUGGAGCGGCUGUGGAAGGGCGACGGGGAGAAGGCGCCACCACUGUGGGUAGCGGCAGACAACGGCCAACUGCCGGCUGUGGAGAGACUACUGGAGCUGGGCGCGAACAUAGAUUCGGGGAAGCUGAAAGACCCAUGGGCGUCGCCUCUCUACAUAGCUGCUUAUCGGGGGUACGACGAGGUCGUGCAAAAGUUGAUGGAUAAGAAAGCUCGUCUGUACCACAGCCGUGAGAGUACCGCCACGCCACUGAUGGCGGCCGCUGCCAAUGGCCGCCUGGGCGCGCUGCAGCUGCUUUUACCGACCGGCCCACUGGGGAAGCAGGAGAGGAGAGAACGCCUUGACCUGCUCGAGGGCUUUUUGGGACCCGACGGGGAAACACCUCUGCACCAGGCCGUACACUCGGGCUCACUCGGUGUGGUGAAGCACCUCUUGGAAUGGGAGGAGCAGCAGCUGAUUCCGUACUACAGAAAGAUGACUAAGAAAGGCAGGUCGGCGGUGUGGAAAGGCCUCACCGUGUAUCGUAAAGACAGUGAAGCGCGCACGCCUUUACAGUGGUGUGUGAUGGGUGAAGCCCCCUGCGAAGUGUUUCGCGAGGUGCUUAAAUACAUGGAGGAUGAGCGAGUUAUGGCGCUGGGCGGGAAGAAGGUGCUGGACUUGCGAAACAUGGUGCAGGAGGCCCUGGGCUUCGUGGAUCGCGUGCACCGCUACCAGACAACAGCGUACGGACGAGCACCGCGCAGUGACAUGAUGAAGGAGGUGCUCCAAGAAUCCCUCCAGAGGCUGAAAGCGAGGCUGCAAGAGUCAGAGUCAGCAGCGGCGGCUGUUGUACCCCAACAAACCUAAAAUUCAAAUGUACCGCGUGCCGUCGUGGCUACGACACAACAGUGUUGUGGGUUUGCCUUAUGGAUGGAGCGAUUAGGCAAACCCGGAUACUGUUGUGUCCUAGCCAUGACAAACGAUACUUUAUUUUUGUUUUAUUAAGUUUGUAAUACUUUACUUCUUUACUUUAAAACUGUUGUAGUGUCCUUAAUUUAUUUAUUUUUACAACCACCAGUUUAAGUACUACAGAAUUUUCCAAUAAAAUUUAUCUUCCCUUCGCGAGGUAAA